AUAAUUUUUAUGUGUCAGUUGAAGGUGGUGCGAUUUGACGAAGAUGGGUUAGUAUACUGUAGGAGUACUAUACUUGUAUGUAUCUAAUUGCGUAUCUGAUUAGCAUCUCUGUCAAGUUAAAAUAGGAUACCAGACAACCAAAAGAAAGCUGUUAGAAUAUGGCUUUUGGAGACGAUGAGAGUGUCCAGCAACCAUUGAUUCAGGCUAAGGAAAUCACCAUUCAUGGCAGAAGAAACCAUCCAUGGAUGGUUUACCUUAGUACCUUUGUUGCUGUCUGUGGUUCUUAUGAAUUUGGAGCUUGUGCAGGCUAUUCGUCUCCAACUCAGUCUGCCAUUACUGCUGAACUUGGCCUUUCUACUGCCGAGUUCUCACUAUUUGGUUCUAUCCUGACUUUUGGGGCAAUGAUUGGAGCUAUCACAAGUGGACCUAUUGCAGAUCUCGUUGGAAGGAAAUGGGCGAUGCGAGUGUAUUCUGCAUUCUGUGUGGCAGGAUGGUUGGCCAUAUAUUUUGCCAAGGGUUCGGUAGCAUUAGAUGCAGGAAGACUCGCAGGGGGAUAUGGAAUGGGUGCUUUCUCCUAUGUGGUACCUGUUUACAUUGCGGAGAUAGCACCUUUUAGUCUUCGAGGAGCACUCACAACGUUAAACCAGCUCAUGAUUUGCACUGGAGUCUCAGUGUCAUUUAUUAUAGGCAUAGUAUUACCGUGGAGGGCUUUAGCACUAACAGGACUUAUACCAUGUGCUGUCCUGCUUUUGGGUUUAGUGUUCAUUCCAGAAUCUCCACGAUGGUUGGCAAAAAGAGGAGCUCACAAAGAGUUUGAAGCUGCACUUCAGAAACUCCGUGGCAAGGAUGCAGAUAUUACGCUUGAGGCUGCUGAGAUCCAGAAUUACAUACAAGAACUUGAACAGCUCCCAAAAGCUAAUAUGUUUGAUUUAUUUCAAAAGAGGUAUCUACAUUCUGUCACGAUAGGAGUUGGAUUGAUGGUUUUCCAACAGUUUGGAGGAAUUAAUGGUAUCUGCUUCUAUGUCAGCAACAUUUUUGAGAUGGCUGGAUUCUCCCCAAGCGUUGGUACUGUAAUAUAUGCAUUACUUCAGGUUGUGAUUACAGGUAUCGGAGCUACUUUAAUUGACAAAGCAGGAAGAAAACCACUGCUUUUGUUUUCUGCAGUUGGGUUAGUAAUUGGUUGCAUAUUGGCUGCUAUUGCUUUUUACCUCAGGGCUCAUGACACAUCGGAGAAAGCAGCAGCAAUACUUGCGGUCACUGGCAUACUGGUGUACAUAUCCGCCUUUUCAGUAGGAAUGGGAGCAGUUCCAUGGGUUGUAAUGUCAGAGAUAUUCCCCAUAAACGUGAAAGGAGUUGCUGGAAGCUUGGCUACCCUGGUUAACUGGUUCGGUGCCUGGUUGAUUUCUUACACAUUCAAUUUUCUAAUGGAAUGGAAUUCAUGUGGUACCUUUAUUAUUUACGCGUUAAUCAACGCAGCAUCGAUCAUAUUUGUCAUCAUGGUCGUCACCGAAACAAAGGGCCGAACACUGGAACAAAUCCAAGCGGCCAUUAAUGCUUAAAGCUAAAGAAGAAUCAAGAACACAUUAUUUUCUGAGACAAAAUUUGUUUGUUCUUUUUAAAAAGCUUAAGUAGUCUCAUUCUUCUCAUAUCACUGUUGGUGUGAUUAAUUGAUUGUGGAGUAUCCUUUGUUGCGUCUUUACAAAUACUAGUAUAGUAUAAUAGUAUCUGAUUCUUGAUUUUACUGCUUUGUUAACAAUAAGCUACUGUAUUGAUAUGAUGAUAAAUAUUACUUCUGUCUUAUUAAAUUUAUUCUAUCGA